AUGACAGUUCAAGAUAAUUUACAUCCUUAUUUGAAAAAACCAUCAAUUAAACGACCACUUGAUUUAUUAGUACGACUUAGUGCCAAUUUUUCAGAAAUUAGACUUCCCUAUUUAGAUGAUGUUUCAUUACCACCAAGAUCACCUUUGGAAAGAAGUAUACAUCAUGAACUCGAAGAAGAUAAGAAAUCAACUUAUGAUAUUGAAGGGCAAACUAUUGGAAGAAAUAGUUUUCUGUAUGAAUUAGAAAAUGUUGAUGCCACUAGUAGUUAUUACGCCGGUGAUGAUGCUGAUAUUCAUGGUGCCGAUGUUGUCGAUUAUGAUUUGGAAGAUGACAAUGUGAGUAUUUCUCAAACUACUUUAGCCAUGUCAACUUCAGAAAUGGGUGGCCCAUCAACUAUUAAAAACUUAAAGGAAAAAGAAUAUUAUUAUGAAGCCGAUGCUGGUGAUGGUACUCAUGCCACUGAACAAUAUGUCACUGGUUUUAGAUUAGUUUUAACACUUUUCAGUUGUAUUGUUUCAUUAUUUUUGGUAGUUUUAGAUCAAACUAUAGUAACGACAAUUAUUAGUGAUGUUGGAAAUAACUUUAAAGCAUUUGAUAAAAUUGGUUGGUUAACUUCAGGAUAUCUUUUACCUAUGGCUUGUUUAUCAUUAUUAAAUAGUAAAAUUGCCGUUGCAUUUGGAAGAAAAAAUUGUCUUUUGGUCGGGAUUUUAAUAUUUGAAAUUGGGUCAUUAGUAGCUGCUUUAGCGAAAAAUAUGCCCAUGUUAAUUGGUGCUAGAGUAAUACAAGGUUUAGGUGGUGGUACCAUUCAAUCAAUGAUUUCUAUUAUAUUAACUGAAUCUGUCCCCAUUUCAAAAAGAUCCUUAUCGUAUGCAUUAUUGGGAAUCACUUAUUCAUGUAGUUUCUUGGGUCCAAUUGUUGGUGCUGCAAUUUUGACUCAUUUAAAUUGGAGAUGGUGUUUUUAUAUAAAUUUACCCAUUGGUGGUGCAGCAUUUAUUAUUCUUUUAAUGGGAUUCAAUCCUCCUAAAGUGAAAGGAAAUAUUAAAGAUCGACUUAAAAAAAUCGAUUAUAUGGGGACAUUUUUAUUAACUACUGGUCUUGUUUUAAUUUUAUUAGCUCUUUCAUUUGGUGGUGAAGAAUUUAAUUGGAAAUCAGGUUAUAUCAUACAAAAUUUUAUUGUUGGUGGAUUUCUGAUCAUUGCAUUUUUAGUAUGGACAUUUAAAUAUGCUCCUAACCCCAUGAUUUUAUCAAUUUUCAUUAAAAAUUUCACAAUUUUAUGUGCUUGUAUUUCUGCAUUUGCCAAUUUUGCCGUGUUUAUUGCCUUGAUCACUUAUUUGGCAACUUAUUUCCAAGUUGUUUUCAAUAAAUCCGCUUUCAAAUCGUCUAUUGCCAUUUUACCCAUGAUUGUAUCGGUUGUUGUUGCUUCAAUGUUGAAUGGACCUUUUAUUCGCCGGACAAGUAAUGUAAAAAUCCCCAUGGUGAUUUCGGGAAUUUGUGCUCCUGUUGGUGCAGCAUUCUUAUUAAUGUUAGAUAAAGAUGCUAAUAAUUCCAAACAAAUUGGUUGUCAAAUUGUUAUUGGAGUAUCGAUUGGAUUACAAUUCCAAGCAUCAUUAUUGUCGGCUCAACUUGAAGUCCCUAAAGAUGUUGAAGGAUCACUUAUAAUGAUCACGGUGUUUAUGUCAUUUUUGAAAUCUUUAGGGGGUACUUUGGGUGUGGUUAUUGCCCAACUUGUAUACAAUAAUUCUGUGGUGGUUAAUUUCAAAAAAUUACUUAAUAAUUUGGACACAACAUCGAUUCAAUAUAAAACUAUUCUGAGAUUUAAUGCUAGUGAAAUUGUUGCCUCUCCAGAACUUUUAUGGUCAGCUAUACCAGAUUCAAAUAUUCGUGGACUCGUUUUGGAUAAAGUUAUUGUUCACGCUCUUAAAAAUGUGUAUUAUGUGUCAAUUGGUCUUGGUGUGGUUUGUGCCAUUGCAUCGUUAUGGACAACAAAUAAGAAAGUCCCUAAAGAUGAAGAGGUACGUAAAAGUAAGUAG